CACCAAAGAAGGAACGUUACAGCUUGUGUAGACCCAUCUAGUUAAAAAUGGAUUUCCAACACCGUGUAGGAGGGAAGACCGGUUCUGGUGGUGUAGCAUCGGAAGCUGAAGCUAAUCGCGACCGUAGGGAACGUUUGCGACAACUGGCACUUGACACGAUUGAUCUUAACAAAGACCCGUAUUUUAUGAAAAAUCACUUGGGGACAUACGAAUGUAAAUUGUGCCUUACUCUGCACAAUAAUGAAGGGAGCUACCUUGCACACACUCAAGGGAAAAAGCAUCAGUAUAAUUUGCAAAGACGAGCUGUUGAGCAGGCUCGUGAGGCUCCAUCUACAAUGCAACCAGAGCGCGUUAAAGUAGAGCCGAAGAAGUUCAUUAAAAUUGGUCGUCCUGGAUAUAAAGUAACCAAACAAAAGGAUCCGGAUGCUAAUCAACAGUCUAUGCUUUUCCAAAUCGAUUAUCCAGAAAUAGCUGAUGCUUCUGGUGUAAUACCUCGACAUCGGUUUAUGUCUGCUUAUGAACAACAUGUUGAACCACCAGAUAAACGAUGGCAAUACUUAUUGUUCGCUGCUGAACCAUAUGAAACAAUUGCUUUUAAAAUUCCUAGUCGUGAAGUAGAUAAAGACCCCAAGAAGCUAUGGACUUAUUGGAAUUCCAGCUCUAAACAAUUCUUCCUACAGUUCGCUUUCAAACUAGAAAGUCAAUCAUCUUCUACCGCUAUGCUUCGUGAUUUAGAAAUGCAAAAAGCUAAAGCUCAACAUGCCCAACUUCAGCUUCAAUUACCUCCACCGCCACCCCCACCACCUCCCCCUCCACCACAUGCUAUUGGUCUUCCUAUUCCAAGUUUCCUUCUUAAUAUGCCUAUAAACACCAGCUUGACUAACAUGCCGCCGCCCCCGCCUCCGCCACCAAUUAUGGUCGGAGCAAAAGAUACAAAGCCCUUACUACCUCCUCCACCACCACCUUCAUUCUCACUAGGUGCUCCGCCGCCCCCUCCACCACCGCCCGCUUUUGGAGUAAAUUCUAGUGGUGUAGGGACAAAUGCUUCUUCAGCACCAAUCCCACCGCCGCCGCCACCAACACCCCCAUCUUCUCUUCAACUGAAUGGGAACUAA